CAUCGCGACUUUUCUCGAAAUUCAAAUUUUAAUUUCUCUUAAAGAGGUUUAAAUAUUCAUAGAUUUUUUUUUUUAUAAUUAAUAUUGUAAUAUUCAUAGAUCAAAAGCUCAAGUUUUAAGAAGUGAUUUGAUCGUUCGUUUUUCGGAGAUUUUUUUUUUGGGAAAUAGAGAUGGAAGUGGAGUCGCCGGAAAGAGGGAAGAUAGGUGGAAUAGCGAUAGAAAUUCCGGCGAGUGAUGACGGAGAAACGAUAUGGUCGCCGCUGAGGGUUCCACCUAGGCUUCUUCAAAAGCUAUCGGAGCCUAAAACUUCUUCUCCUACUGCCGAAGAAAUUGAGGCUAAGCUUCGUGGCGCCGAUCUUCGUCGACAGAAAUUCUAUGAGUAUCUAUCAAGCAAAGCUAGACCGAAGCCCAGAAGCCCCUCACAGUCUCCAACUCAUGGAGAAGAUCUUGGACAGCGUCUUGAGGCUAAACUUCAGGCUGCUGAGGAGAAAAGGAUGAGCAUUCUAGCGCAGGCUAAGUCGCGUCUGGCAAAAUUAGAUGAGUUGAGGCAGGCAGCUAAAAAUGGAGCAGAAAUGCGCUUCAGACAGGAACGAGCUGAACUGGGUACAAAGGUUGAGUUGCGUGUUCAGCAGGCUGAGGUAAAUAGAAUGCUUCUCUUAAAAGCUAAUCGCCAAAGGAGGGCCACACUGAGGGAGAGGACAUCUCAGUCAUUACUACGCCGAAUGGCUCGUGAGAGCAAGUAUAAAGAACGAGUGCGUGCCGCAAUUUGUCAAAAGCGUGCAGCUGCUGAGAAGAGGAGGAUGGGAUUGCUACAAGCCGAAAAGAGGAGGGCUUGUGCUAGAGUCAUGCAAGCGCGGAGUGUUGCGAAGUCAGUUUCUCACCAGGAAGAGAUCAAAAGAAGGGAAAUGAAAAUCAAAAUAGAAGACAAGCUACAAAGGGCAAAGAGGCAAAGAGAAGAAUACUUGAUGCAGAGAGGAAAAUCACAUACUUCUUUUUGUGAAAGUUAUGACAAGAUACAUGACCAGGCUUACCUGCUUUCAAGGAAAUUAGCAAGGUGUUGGAAGCAGUUCCUUGCACAUGGAAAGACGACCUUCCAUCUUGCAAAAGCUUAUACUAUGCUGAGUAUUAAUGAGAAUACAGCUAAGGUAAUGCCAUUUGAGCAGCUAGCAAUGAAGAUUGAAUCGCCUAAUACACUACAGAGAGUGAAAGGUUUGCUCGAUCGGCUUGAGCUUCGCUUCAAAUUGUUGCGUGACGUUGACGGUGCCACAAGUACCAUUGGUUGGGGCGACAUUGAUCAUCUUCUCCAUCUAGUAGCUACACCCAAAAAGAAGGCUACACCAAGGAGAUCUCUCCACAGUGGUGGUGCAAAAAAAACAGUAUCCAGCUUACCAGCAGCCAAAACUCCAGUUAAGUUGUUGCGGUAUCCAGUUCGAAUCGUGCUGUGUGCAUAUAUGGUUCUAGGUCACCCUGAUGCAGUGUUCAGUGGUAAAGGGGAGCGGGAGAUUGCCCUGGCCAAAUCUGCUGAAAAAUUUGUCAGAGAGUUUGAACUGUUGGUAAGGAUAAUUUUGAAUGGAUCCAUCCAGACCUCAGAUGGGAAUGCUGAUUGUGGAUUGGCAAGGCGCACGACCUUCAAGUCGCAACUCACAGAAUUUGAUUCAGCAUGGUGCUCUUACUUGAAUAGCUUUGUGGUAUGGAAGGUUAAAGAUGCCCAGUCUUUAGAGGAGGAUUUAGUUAGAGCUGCUUGCCAGCUUGAACUCUCCAUGAUUCAAAAAUGCCGAAUGACUCCUGAAGGAGAUGGUGGUGCUCUUACUCAUGAUCUGAAGGCUAUCCAGAAACAGGUGACAGAAGAUCAGAGACUUCUCAGAGAAAAGGUGCUUAAUAUUAGUGGAGGUGCUGGUAUUGAACGGAUGGAUAAUGCAAUUUCUGACACACGAAACAAAUACUUUGAAGCUAAAGAAAAUGGAAGUCCUGUGGGCUCUCCAAUUAUGCAUUCAGUAUCUCCAAGCCCAAUUACUCUCGCAAGUGCCUCUUCUUCUCUUGGGGGUUCAAAUAAAGGAGGGAAUUUACUUGAGGUGAGUGAUCAGAAGCCGAACCGUGUGGUGCGCACCUUAUUUAGGAAUGAACUGCCUUCAAAAGUCGGUUCUUCUGCCAACAAUAGCAUGCAGUCAUCUCGUAUUGAUGAGGGAUUGGAAAUGGAGAAUGAAUUAAUUGUGAACGAGUCUCUUCAUGGUCAGCAUCUGGAAUUUGCUGAGUCUACAAAAGUUGCUGAUAAAUACGAUAAUAGUAUUAAGGACAAAGUUAGAGAAACAAUGGAGAAGGCUUUCUGGGAUAGUGUCGUGGAAUCCAUGAAAAAGGAUGAACAUAGAUACAACCGAGUUGUUGAUUUAAUGAGAGAAGCAAGAGAUGAACUUUGUAGUUUGGCUCCUCAGAGCUGGAGACAAAAGAUUAGUGAAGCUAUUGAUACAGACAUUCUCUCUCAGUUGUUGAUCUCAGGCAAACUUGACAUGGAUUAUCUUCAAAAGAUCAUGGAUUUCACAUUGGUAACUUUGCAGAAACUAUCCUCUCCAGCUAAGGAGGAUGAACUAAAAGCAAAUUGUCAAAAGUUAUUUGGAGAACUAGCUGAUAUAUGUGGGGAUGGGUCAGAGGAUUCAUUUAUCCUGGCACUAGUCAGGGGUUUGCGUUUUGUACUGGAAGAGAUGCAGCUGCUGAAACAAGAAAUAAGCAAGGCAAGGAUUAGAAUGUUGGAACCAAUUCUCAAGGGACCUGCAGCGUUAGAUUAUUUAAGGAAAGCUUUCACCAAGCGUUAUGGACUUCCUUCUGUGGCUAUGACCGCCUUACCCUUGACACGGCAGUGGCUUUUAUCUGUCAAAGAUUCCAUGGACCAGGAAUUUAAUGAACACAAGGAGGCUCUAUCCAGCCUGACAAGUGGACAGGAUUGUUUCCUUCCUUCUGCCACCCUUAAAACUGGAGGAAGCUUUUCAGUUAAAAUGAAUAAAAAUCAUGCUUCACCUUUGGCCUCUACAGAAGCUGUAGAUGAAUUCCAAGAAUGCACAGGGGACAAGAUUGAUUUAUUGGUGAGGCUGGGCUUGUUAAAGUUGGUAAAUGCAGUAUCUGGUCUGACGCAAGAAGGGUUGCCUGAAACUAUGCAGCUGAACUUCUUUAGACUAAGGUCUAUUCAGGCAAAAAUCCAAAAGAUCAUUGUAAUAGCGACCAGCAUUCUAGUCCAAAGACAGGUUCUUCAGAGUAUGCAAAUGGUAUCAAGUGCAGCAGAUAUGGAUAAAAUUGUUCAGGGAAGUGCGAAAGCACUUUCUGAGCUCCUUGACUCCAACAAUGAUGCUGGUAUUCAAGAGAUCAUUUCGAUACUUGGCAAACCUUUAGAUCAUGGCCACGGUACUGAUUUGAUGAAGCUUCAGCAGACCAAAGAGAUCAUGGCAAGGAUGUUAUCCAAGAGCCUGCAAGCUGGGGAUGCUAUCUUUGUACAUGUAGCCCGGGCAAUAUAUUUGGCUGGAAGGGGAGUUGUACUCGGGGGAACCGGAAGACAUGGAAGAGAAUUGGUUGAAAUGGCUCUGCGGCAGGUGGGAGCAACUGUUCUAAUUGACGAGAUUGUGGAAGCUGCUUCUGUAUUGGUUAUGGCAGCGCAUGUGACAGUGAAUGUUCAUGGUCCUUGGUAUGCACAGUUAGUAGAUAAUAUGUGAAGGUAUUUUACAUUCUUUUGUAUAUAUAUCAGGGCAAGUAGUUAAUUAUUCUGUAUCAUCUAGCUGUGAAUCUCAGUCACCCUAGAUUGAGGGUUAUUGUUAUUGUAGUAAUGUGACUGGAAACCUAGAGAAUGUAAAUAUUUGCUUGAAAUAAUGGCCCAACUUAAAAGA